GGAAAAGGGAAGCGAAGGGGAGAAAACCCCAGCAUCAUGUGGAAACAGAAUCAAAGAAAAGAGUCUUGGAGUGGCAAAUCCUGGGACACCGCAGAGAUCAAUCCUCUAGAAUGUCUCCAGGGAGAGGACCAAACAGGGGGAGGACAACACCGGAAAAGUGUCUGCUCCGUGGGGACAUUUUCUCAGGUCAGUCUUCCCCCGUGGCUCGAGAGCAACUAUAACUACUUCAUUGAGGAUGAGGAGGGUGAGGAGUUGGAAGAGUGGGAGAAGGAGUUUGUAGAAGAGAACCUGCUGGAAGAUGCAGAAGUAGCUCCAGACGCUGCCAGUAACCUGGGUACUUCCUCCACGCUCAAUGUCAAUGUGGGGGGCCAGAGCUACCGCUUGGACUAUCGGGGGCUGCUCAGCUACCCCAAGACGCGUCUGGGCCGUCUGGCCACCUGCGCCAGCCGCAGCCGCCAGCUAGGCCUAUGCGACGAUUACUCGGCCCAGGACGACGAGUACUUCUUCGACCGUGACCCGGCCGUAUUCCAGCUGGUGUACAACUUCUAUUGCUCUGGGGUGCUGCUGGUGCGGGACGAGCUGUGUCCACGCAACUUCCUGGAGGAGCUGGGUUACUGGGGCGUGCGCCUCAAGUACACCCCGCGCUGCUGCCGCAUCUGCUUCGAGGAGCGGCGGGACGAGCUGAGCGAGCAGCUCAAGAUCCAGCGGGAGCUGCGCGCCCAGGUCCAGCUGGAGGAGGCCGAGGACCUCUUCCGCGAUAUGCGCUACUUCGGGCCGCUGCGCCGCCGCCUCUGGAACCUCAUGGAGAAGCCCUUCUCCUCGGUGGCAGCCAAGAUCAUCUCCGUGGCCUCCAGCUUCUUCGUGCUCAUUUCCGUCGUGGCGCUGGCCCUCAACACGGUGGAGGAGAUGCAGCAGAAGACGACGGAGCAAGGUGUGCGAGGCGGAGAUGUGCGCCUCAUCCUGGAGCACGUGGAGACGCUCUGCAUCACCUUCUUCACCCUGGAGUACUUGCUGCGCCUGGCCUCCACGCCCGACCUGCGGCGCUUCGCCCGCAGCGCGCUCAACACGGUGGAUCUCAUCGCCAUCCUGCCCCUCUACCUGCAGCUGCUGCUGGAGACCUUAAUGGGCGAGGACCAGGCCAGGGGCAAGGGGUCGCCCCGGGAGCACGACAUCGAGACCGUGGGCUGCGUGGGCAAGGUAGGCCAGGUGCUGCGCAUCAUGCGCCUCAUGCGGAUUUUCCGCAUCCUCAAGCUGGCCCGCCACUCCACAGGGCUGCGGGCCUUUGGCUUCACGCUGCGCCAGUGCUACCAGCAGGUGGGCUGCCUCCUGCUCUUCAUCGCCAUGGGCAUCUUUGCCUUCUCGGCCGCUGUCUAUUCGGUGGAACACGACGUAGCGGGCACCAAUUUCACCAGCAUCCCCCAUUCCUGGUGGUGGGCAGCUGUGAGCCUAUCCACAGUAGGGUAUGGAGAUAUGUAUCCAGAAACUCACCUAGGCCGGCUCUUUGCUUUUCUCUGCAUUGCAUUUGGAGUCAUCCUAAAUGGAAUGCCUAUCUCAAUUCUCUACAACAAGUUCUCUGAUUACUACAGCAAGCUGAAAGCCUAUGAAUAUACCGCUGUAAAGAGGGAAAGAGGAAAAGUCGAUUUUACCAAAAGAGCCAUGAAGAAAAUGUCUGAAUGUCUAACCAAUAGCAUCACCCGUCAGAUUCCAAGGCAAGGGAGUUAAACUGCCAAAAAGAAUAUUUCUGUUAUCUGUGGACCUUAUUUUUCAAGUGAAAAACCCAAAGGAGACCACAACAAGAAACCUGGAAAUAAGUUUCAGAAGACAUAGUGUCCUAAAUGUUCUGAAUUCAUUUUGAUCUCAUUUUUUUCUUUUGAAAGAUGGAGAACUUGGACUAGAGGCACAUUCAUCAUAAAAUCCCUUUCAGCUCUAACAAUCAAUGGCACUGAAUCAUUUUCGGAGCCUUUUUAGAGCCGAACUUUGAUUUUUUUUUUUUUUUUUUUUUUGGUCUCCCAUAAUACCUAGCUUAAGCAAACAGCAAGUGGCCAAUACAUAUUUGUGGAAUUCAAUGGAAUAGAACUGAGGAGGUUCAUUUUAUUUUAAGAAAAACUUGUUGCUAAUCUUUGGAACUCAUUGUUUGAAUAAGCUUUGUGUCAGCUGUAUCUCUCAAUAUAAUGCUUAAAUAUAUAGAAUUAAAGAGAACCUUUGAGAUUCUUCCCCUUGAUUCCAAAGAUUCUUUGUUUUGAAAUUUAUAUGACCUAACCUAUACUAAUUUCUAAAGGAACUGUAGUCACCUUCUUCCUCUUUAGACUUCUAUUGAUCAGUCAUCAUUGGCAGCAAGUCAAGAUCUGUAUCAAAGGAGUUAGGCCAGUGUCAAAUCAAUUUUUACAUAAAGUCUGUCUUUUCACCAUGAAUGGAAAUAUAGAAAAACAGAGAGGAGUUAGCAGGAGGAAGAAACUUCCUCUUUCUAAUUUGAUUCCUCCAAAUAAGUAUUGAUAGUGGGGUCCUCUCAACUAUUUCCCCUGCUCCUAACCAAUCCCCAGAAAUCAAGACUAAAUUUAUUUAGGUCAAGUAGAAAGAAUAUUUAUUUGGAUAAUGUACUAAUUAAGCUAUCCACCACAGAGACAAUGUCCUAUUCAAGCUUUGGAAAUUAUUCUCCCCUGCAUUUCUGCAAUGUGUGACUGUCCGAAAGAAGUUUGAAUCUUAGUUAUCAUUCAUCCUUCUUGAAUUUCAUAAAAUAACCAUAUGCCUGAGAGUACUAUUCUAUAGAGAUUAGAAAAUUGGUCUUGUAGUGAGGAAGACUUAAGCUGUACUCCUGACAAAGAAAGAAAGAGAGAGGGAGGGAGAGAGGAAAGGAGGAAGGGAAA